AUGGGGUUGUUGAGCACCGAAGAUAAGGUAAAAGUGAAAAAUGCGUUACCCAAGAAGAGGUUCAAGAUAAUUUGCGGAACCAAGACCCGAUUGUAUCUCUCCUCUAAAGACUCCCAUGAAUACAAAGAGUCCACAUUACGUGGCGCGAUAUUACUAGUGGAGCAUUUGAUUGAAGGAGGGCAAUUCUGGUUGAAGAUUGUAGAUUUAACUAAUGAUGAUGGGGUAAUAUGGGAGCUAGAGAUACCCCGGGAUUUCAAUUAUCGUAAAGAAACUUCUUUCUUUCACUGUUUUGAGAUCGAACUGUCUUUGUUUGUGGGGUUUAUGUUCAAAGACGCCGAUGAAGCCAAUCUUUUGUACAGAAGAGUCGUCAAUAAAGAAAAAUACCGCCACAAGAAGCAUAGAAACAGUCAUCAUCGUCAUAGCUUUGAGAAAGACCUCCUCAAUAGCAGCAGCAUUCGUGAUUCUAUUAUUUCAUUAAAAUGGCAAGAAGUCUACAAAGAAUUGGAAGAAACUCAAGGAAUUACCGAUGAUAAAAUUUUCGAUAACAUUGAAUUUAUCAAAGACUAUAUCAAAAUUGGAGGCCCACAGGAGCUUGUGGGUCUUGAGCCACCAAUUCCGAUUUCCUAUCACGUCUACAAACUACCAAAACCUCCUCAUGAUAACAGUUCUCAGCCUUCAUUUUCUUCCUACAAUAGUGAUAUCCCCCCAUCACUUCCUCCAAAAGAUUACGGUUUUAACGACAUACCCAGAAUGGACGCGCCUUAUACUGGUAGAAAUAGCCAUCCAAUUUGUGAAUGUGUCAACAAUAUUCCAAUUCAAGCCCAUCCUUCAAAGUUUCCUACCCCGAAAAAACGAAAAAGGCCAAUCGCGUUAUCUGCACCUUAUCAACAGUCUCAGUUACAGGACAACUAUAGGCAAUACCAAGCACAAAAAUCCAUGGCGGCGAAAAAUGCAGUUCCUCCUCCACCAAUACCUCCGAAGAAGCAAACUAAAGAUGGCCCAACUCCAAUAUCCAUGCCAGUUCCAGUACCUAUCAUUCCGGCACUCAGCCCCUUAAACUCAAAGUUCUCGAAUGAUUUCACUUACACAAUCGCGGAAGAAGACGAGUGCGCCGCACCACCUGGUAGUAUCAAAUCAGAGAAUCAUUUGGAUAACCGAUCAAUUUCUGCUUCUUCCAAUUCCACAGUCAUCGGUCAUAUUGUUAUGGAAACUUCACGAAAAAGAGCUGAUAAGAGUAUAAUACCUCUUUCCCCAACAGAUGGAAUAAUAAAGGAUACCAGAAAAGCUUGUGAUAGGGAGUACAAAACCACUGUGAAUGGAAAACUGCAGUCUCCGAGGAUAACUAGUGAAAAUAUGAUGGACAUAGCUGAGUUAAUGUCAUCAGUUCAUGUUUCUGGUGAUAAUAGACUGGGGGAGACAUUGAGUGAGGGAAGAAAUAGCUUAAAAAUUUCAUAG